GGGUCUCUGAGCACGAUGUCCGCAGCUCCCACCAGCAACGGGGUGUUUGUUGUCAUCCCGCCCAACAAUGCCAGUGGCCUCCGCCCUCCUCCAGCCAUCCUGCCCACCUCCAUGUGCCAGCCUCCUGGCAUUAUGCAGUUUGAGGAGCCACCGCUGGAGGCACAGACGCCGAGGGCCACCCAGGCUCCUGACCUGCGGCAUAUGGAGACAUUCCUGACGGGAGAGCCCAAAGCUUUAGGGACUGUCCAGAUCCUCAUCGGCCUCAUCCACCUGGGCUUCGGCAGCGUGCUGCUCCUGGUCCGCCGCGGCCACGCGGGGAUGCUCUUCAUCGAAAGCGGCGUCCCCUUCUGGGGAGGAGCCUGCUUCAUCAUCUCUGGGUCGCUCUCAGUGGCGGCCGAGAAGAACCACACCAGCUGCCUGGUGAGGAGCAGUCUGGGGACGAACAUCCUCAGUGCCUUGGCGGCCUUUGCUGGGACAGCCAUUCUGCUCAUGGAUUUCGGUGUCACUAACUGGGAUGUGGGGAGAGGCUAUCUGGCUGUGCUAACCAUCUUCACCAUCCUGGAGUUCUUUAUCGCAGUGAUUGCCACCCACUUUGCGUGCCAGGCCACCCGCGCCCAAGCCAACACGCCUGUGAUUUUCCUGCCAAACGCCUUCAGUACAGACUUCGACAUCCCCAGCCCCACGGCCUCCCCACCCCCCGCCUAUGACAACGUGGCAUAUGUGCCCAAGGAGUCGUCCGAGUAGUUGGUCACUCUGGCCGGUUGGAGUCCAGCUUUUCCCCUCUGGCCCCAGCGUCUCCUUACGCCCGCCUUGUUAAUCUCAGGCAGCCCCACUCCCAACCCCUGCCAGCCUUUAUAAACGUGGCACCUGAGUGAAGUCUUCCCUGAUAACGUCGGUCCCACACAAUUCCCACAGCGAUUUCUUUCCUUAAAGACCUUGUUUAUCUCAAGGGUGAGUGCUCCUCGCCCACCUGGGCCCCAUCACCCUCCGGAAAUGACCUCUGGGAUGCUAUGCAUUUCUCUCUGCUCACUGGGGAAACCCCAGCCUCACUGGGAGACAGGUUCAGGGGCUGCCCGGGCCCUCAGGCCUGGGGAAGGUCAUUAAGCCCAGGGAGCCCAGAAAGGAAUACUGAACACAGCUGCUGAGGCUGCACAGCUGGCAGUGACCUGACCUCACAUCUCCAGGCCCCAGGACCUGCUCUGUCCUUGUAAUCUGCUACCAUGUCAUUGGGCCUCAGUUUUCACAUCUGGAAACAAAAAGCAUUGAACCAGAUGAUGUAAAAGGCCCUCCCAGCUCCCCUGAGCUCCCUAAAGUCCUGGUCUAAGUCAGGUACUGUGCCCCAGCUGCUCCAAAACAUUCAUUUCCUUAUAUGUAAAACGGAGUUGGUAUUGACUCUGGCUCUGCUCACCUCCCAGGGCUGGGUAGGUUGAAAGAAGGGCUGAAGCCAGCCCACUGUACCCUGUCAGCAUCCACAGGUGCACAGAGAUGGUGGCCCCUUCCUAGGAGGCUCAGGAUCUCCCUGAGCCUUUCAUCACCCUCUCCUGCUCCCCCAGCCUGAGGAGCAAGGCUGCCCCUAAAGGUUACAAUGAGCUAUGCUGGAUCUGGGGCCAGGGAGACACCUCCGCCUGAUAUCAGAGGCCCUGGCAGAUGGCUCAUCUCAUCCACACCACAGAGGGAAAUAAACAGUGGGGCUUACAGUUUGA